AUGUUGGGUUGUAAACCUGCAGAUUCUCCUAUUGAGCUAAAUCAUCACUUGAGUGGAGAUAUGGGUGAAGGUACUGAUAAGGAGAGGUAUCAGCGACUUGUUGGGAGACUGAUAUAUUUAGCUCACACCCGGCUGGACAUUACCUAUGCAGUGGGUGUAGUUAGCCGGUUUAUGCACGAUCCUCGUAUUUCACACCUGGAUGCAGUUUAUCGUAUUUUGAGGUAUCUCCAAUCAACUCCAGGAAGAGGAAUUCUGUUCUCUAAUCAUGGUCAUUUACGGUUGGAGGCUUUUACUGAUGCUGACUGGGUUGGUUUUGUGGAUGAUAGACGCUUUACCUCUGGCUACUGUACCUUUAUUGGAGGGAAUUUGGUUACUUGGCGAAGUAAAAAACAAUUAGUGGUUGCUAGAUCGGCAGAGUAUAGAGCCAUGGCUCAUGGUGUUUGCGAGCUGUUGUGGCUCCAAACCUUGUUGCGUGAUUUGGGUUUCAUUGACAGUGGUCCCAUGAAACUCUACUGUGAUAAUAAGGCUGUUAUAAACAUUGCUCAUAAUCCUGUUUAA